AUGCGUUUCUCCCUCGCUCUCGUUUCUUCUGCCUUAUUGGCCCAAUUGGCCCUCGCCGCUCCUGCCUCUCAAUCCAACAUGGCUAUCCCUGAAGGUGAUUUCAAGAGUGCUCAAGUGACUCCAUUGAAAGUGCAAGAAAACUUUAGCGUGUUCCACUGGAAGAAGGAAGAUGGUGAAGAUGCAACUAUCGACCGUGUCUUUUCUUUCGAACUUAAUGAACCCGCUCAACUUCAAAUCACUGAUUACUUGAAGAGUGGUGAUGUCUAUGAAAUCUCUGAUAACGGUGAAGUAAUUGGUGCUACUACCAAGGUUGAUUCCUCUGAGGAUGCUUAUGCUAUCACUCCUGAGCAAGCCUUGACCAAGAAUGACUUUAGCAAGGGUAUCUUCCCUCUCUCUGCUGGUAAGCACGAAAUCACCAUCAAUGUAGACGAUACCGCUGCCGAAUCAGGAUCCGGUGCCAUUCGUCUUGUUCAAAACCUCCAAGCUCUCUACAAGGAUGAUGAUGAUGACAAGGAUGAUAAGGAUGAUGAUAAGGAUGAUAAGUGGGAUGAUGACAAGGACCAUGACAGCGAUAGUGAUGAUGACAGUGAUAGCGACGAUGAUGAUGAUAGUGAUGAUGAUGACUGGGAUCAUGAUGAUGACGAAUGGGACCACGAUGAUGAUGACAAGAAGGGCAAGCACAGAUAUGGCCGUGGUAAGGGCAGAGGCAGAGGCAAAGGUUACGGCCGUCGUAAGGGCUAUGGCAACGGCUACGGCAAGGGCUAUGGCAAGGACCAUCGCAAGGGCAAGGGCAAGGGCAAGGAUAACAAGGGUAUUCACAAGCAACAUAAUGACAAGGAAGACGAAGUCGUCAAGUACUACUAUGUCUACACUACUGAAACUAUUAUGGAUGAACAAUGUGAACACUGUCACUUCCAUGAUGAUGAUGACAAGGGUGAUAAGUACGAUGAAUACCAUCAUGAUGGUCCUGCUCGUGGACGACUCCUCGUUGAAGAACCAGCCACUACAGUCGCCUCUACUUCAUUCGUCACACUCACUCAAACUAGACUUGAAAAUGAUAUGUUGAUCAUAAGAGGAAGUCCUGAGGAAUCUGUAGGCUGCGUACUAAGAGGCUAUGUGAUGUUGAAUACAAAAGAGACCUUGAAGGCAAAAUCAAUUCAUUUGAAUUUACUGGGUAAAAUGAAAAUACAAUGGAAUGAACGACAUCAACAACAAAAAAAGGAAAUCACAGUGAUCCAACAUCAUUGGGCAUUUCUACCCUCUCAAAAGAAACUACAUACACUCACUCCUAACACGUAUAUCUAUCCAUUUGAAUUGGCCUUACCUGGCAAUCUUGCAGAAUCGAUCGAUUCCUAUUCGUUUGGCUCUUUGUCGUACAAGCUAAAGGCUACCAUUGAAAGACCUGCAUUCUUGCCUAAUUUAAUACACCGAAAACAAUUCUGGAUCAUCCGCCACCAACCGGAUCAAGCCUUGUUCAUGGAGAUACCCGUACAGAUAACAAACGAGUGGACUGACAAAUUGAACUAUACGAUCACUAUACCCAAAAAGACAUUUGCUCGUGGCCAAGAUAUACCCAUCGACUUUUCACUCACUCCUAUCGAUACCAGCCUUCAUGUUCGUUAUCUAUCUUGUUUCCUAAAAGAGUAUUCAACUUACGAUACACACACAGAGUCUAGAAUCAUUCGUUUCUUUCGUGAUGAACAUUUUCCCUCGACAGGGUUACACUGGCAUAAAGUAGAAAGCAUGACUGUUCCUUGUUCGCCCAGUGCGAUACAGACAGACAUAGACAAUACUUACUUCAAGAUUGAACAUAAGCUCAAAUUCACCAUGUCUCUGAUUAACGACCAAGGCGAACUGUUUGAACUAAGAGCUUCUUUGCCCGUACAGAUUGUGGAUAAAGCUUAUGAUGAAGAUGAUGAACUACCAUCAUAUGAAAAUGCUUGGCAAUCAUUGCUCUAUAAUGACUGUCACCUCUUAUCUCCUCCUAUUUCAUCUCCCAUCACACCUUCUUCUUCACCUACAAUGGAUUACUUUACAUUUCAACCCGACACCAUCUGUUGUAGACUACCUUCUUAUCAUACUAUUAAUUUAGAAGACACUUGUUUACCUGCAUAUGAAUAA